AUCGUAAGAAAAGUUAAUCGUGCAUUUGACUAAACGAAAGUAAUCCAAAAUGGCCGCUUUUCCAAGUCAGGAUAAGCGGCCUUUAAAAAAGGCUAGAUUGGGACCGCCAGAUGUUUAUCCACAGGACCCAAAGCAAAAAGAGGAUGAACUCACGUCAACCAGUGUUAAGCUUGGAUUCAGUAAUUUGCCACACUUCAAUGAUGAAUAUGGAUCCGGGAAGAAUGCGAACAUCAGUCAAGAGAAGUUUGGAGCAUUCUUCAGUGCGGUGAUGACUAAGAAGAUAGAAUUGAACACAUGGAGUGACAGUAGCAAAAAGAAGCCCCAGAUUAUGAAAGAUAAUUUCUGGCCGGUUACAACAACAAAGAAACCUCUCGUAGAAAACUGGUUUAAAGAUUUGGCCUCAGGAUCUAAGCCUCUAGCACACCUGAGCAAACGAGUGCCGUCCUUUUUCUACAGUAAGAAAGAGGAAAUAUUCACCAACCUCUGCGAGUUUAACAUUCCGAUGAUAAAAGCAGUGUGGUUUAUCAAGAUGACGGCGGCCCACUACCUUGCCAUGCAGGAAAAUAAGCCGAAGAAAAGACAAACAGUUGAUCAGUCACUAGAAUGGACUAUAGGUCUUACAAAGUUUAUGAAGGAACAGUUAAACAAGGUUCAGGAGCAUUACCAUGGCAGCACUACUGGUCCGGUGAUGAGUUUUCUGACCGCCACUCAGGCACCAUCACAGGUCGACCUGGAUCUAGCGCUCAAACAGUGGCAUUACUGUUCACGGCUGGCAAGACAUAUGUAUGAUGAGGGAUUACUGGACAGACAUGAGUUUUUGUCAUGGAUUGUGGAGAUAGUAGAGAAGACAAAACAGACUGAUGAUACUAUACUGAAACUGGUGCUGAAAGAAUUGUUACAGUAUCUUGAUGAGGUGACAUUAUCAGCACAGUUAUCGAGACGUCUAGCUUACGGUGCGGCACGUAGAAUCAGUCAGAUGUGUAAUGAUUCAGGUUGUACCUCGCCCAGGACACAGUCGCCGAUGUUAAACGCAAGUAACAAUAAUAACAAUAACAAUCAGCUGGUAUCCCAGAAUCCUCUGGCUGCAGUGUUUGCAGAGUACAACAAUUGUCCACAACAUAGAGGGAUUAUACUAAGUUUAAGUGCAUGUCUCCAGGUUAUAACAAUGACAAGCCCGUCUGCUAUGAUCUGGAACAACUUAAGUGAAGGUAGGAGUAGUUCCCCUUACUGCGGAUCACCACUGGAUAUUCUCCCUUGUUCACCGUCUUGUUUACCUAUGCCACCAAGUGAACAAAAUAAUCAGAUACGUUCACAGAUUAGGAAUAUGGAGCAGCAGAUACGGUUACGUAGUAGGGCAGCAGAAGUUAGAUGGUCCUCCGAUAAAUGUCAACAGUCUACGACUGGUUAUACUAUGGGUAAAGUUUUAAAUGUUCUGGACAUGUUAGACAGACACAACUUUGAUAAAGUAGAAAGUAACAAUUGUCUAGACUCACUGUAUAACAAAAUCUUCACCGUCACACAGAACAAAGAUGGAAAUGAGGAAUGUGUUUCUUUAUUUUUACCAUUGGUCAGUGAGACCCAAAUCAAGCUGCUUAUAGACUGUGUGAGUACAAAGAGAAAAGGUGCUCAUAGAGCUGUUGUGGUUGCUAAGUUACUAGAGAAAAGGCAAAGUGACAUUAGGGCAGAGAAAUAUGGGGAUUCGGAUGUACCUGAUGAUAAAGAUUCUGCUGGUAGUGAUAUGAUGAUACCAGCCAGUGUUCCUGUCUUCCAGUCCUUACUUCUUAACUUCCUAGAUACUAAAGCUCCUGUUCUAGACGAUACAGCUAACUCGAGUGAGGACAGCCAGCAAGCGUUUGCUAACUUGAUCCACCUGUUCUCAGAGUUAAUACGUCAUGAAGUAUUCUCACACGAUGCGUACAUGUGCACGUUGAUCUCGCGUGGUGAUCUCAUGUCAGCGCCAGCUGUAGCUUCCAUGGUGGCCGACAGUGUCGACUUACUCAGUAUGAAGAGUGAAGUGGAGAGUAUUAAACAUGAACAUCAAGAUGAUAUAAAGGUGGACAUGGACAUACAUACAAUGGAUACAGACUUUGGUAGCUUCUUUGACGUGAAAGAUGAACCAAGACUUAGUCCCACUGCACCUGCUUCCGUUAAAUCAAUUAAGUCAGAGAAAGAGCAGCCUAUAGCAAGUGUUAGUAAGCCCGAGCCGCCGAUGAUGGCGGAACUUAAAGGUCCAUCCAGACAUCAGCAGUACGCUACCCACUUCCCUCUACCUCAAGACGAGUUGUCAAGUCACGAAUGUAAUCAAAGGCUAGUGGUUCUGUUUGGUGUCGGAAAAGCUCGGGACGCUGCGCGCCACAUCUUAAAAAAGGUCGGGAAAGAGAUCCUACGAUUGUACAGUCGUAAAAGCUGUAUAGACAUGAGUAGCGGUGAUCUCGGUAAACCGAAGAAAAAGAAAGAUAAAGACGAACCAAGUUCAGUUUCAGUUGUCGGUAACCUAGAAGUGCUGUUUGGAAAGUUUCAUAAGUUAUCGUAUUACGAUCAACAUGUGGUCACGUGGCAGUGUACCAUGGCCGUUCACGAACAGAUCAAUUGUUUUACAUCGGGAACGUCGACGUAUUUACCGCAGGUGGAGAAUAUAUCGUACUUGUUUGAUCUGAUGGAACAUUCAAUGGCUGUUAACACUCUCCUAGAAUUUUCCGUACAGCUUCUGAAAGAUUUGAGUAUAGUGGAAAGCCAGCUGUCUGCCAGUAACUCUAACUUAUCUGGCAUCUACACAACAUCACUGUGUCUGUGUAUUGUAGCUAUCUUCAGGAAAUAUCAUUCCUUCCUGCUAGUCUCCGAAGAUCUCACAUUUCAGGCAUUUGAAGGUCUGAUUGGUGUGGUGAAGCAUGUAUGUAACCCAGCCGACUGUUCAUCAGCAGAGAGAUGUAUCCUGGCAUACCUGUAUGAUGUCUACACGUCCUGUAGCUAUCUCAAGAACAAGUUCCAAGAGAUGUUUAGUAAUGCCUACUCUAAGAUACGAGUAACAUUAUAUGCUGAUAUCAAGCCAUCUGCCUCUAACCUCAUGUGGGAUCCAGCAUUCAUGGGGAGCUUCCUGGAAAAUGCCAAGACAAUCCCUAUAGAACAGGCAUUGAUAGAUCAGCUGAAUAAACAAGGGGCUAGUAGAUACAGUUUUGUUGUGAACACAAUGCUGAAUAUCUGUAAAUUUCUACUCUCAUCUGACAG